AUGAGAGUCAGCCAUCUUCUUCCUAUCGUUCCUAUCAUGGCCAACACUGCUCUGGCAGCUCUCGCCAUUUACAUUGAUGAGGGCAAUGGUGGCACUGCCAGUAUCGACUACCGAGCCGCCUACUGGACUGGACCGCCCACCGAUGACUUCAGCAAAGACCUGCCAGGUUUCGAUACCUGCGAGCUGGAUGGGUCCGGGUCAUCAUGCGAUGUUGGCGGCUACAAAGUCACAUUGACCGCGCAGGGGGGCGCUGGCUGCAACGAGGGUCCGGAUAUAAAAUCAGCAUCGUUUGAGAAUUCCUCUGGUGGCAAAAUCGAGAAUGCCAAUGGAGACGAUCGUUGUACAGAGCUUGAAUACUGUUCUGUUGGAGCUGUCGGUGGCUUGAAGAAAAAUGGCUGGGCCGUCACAUAUUUAAAUAGAGUUAAAGAAACUCAAAAUGGUCGUAAAGGCGGCCAGGAAACCUAUUUCAGAAUAUCGACUACUGCGACUCUACGCAACAGUUUGCUAGCGUUUAGUCUUGCUGGAAUUGCAUUUAAUGUGUGCAGUACUAUGCGCAUUUCAACAUACGAGCUGAGAUAG